AUGGGCUGGCUGCUCAUCUGCUACAUUCCACAAUGGGGCCGGAUCAUCUCGCGCAGAUCCGCAGAGGGCUUGUCGACAUACUAUAUCCUUCUCGGCUCUCUAUCAGGCGUGUGUGCCGUGGGCAAUAUCAUGAUGCUCCCCUCUAGCGCAAUUGACAUCGGUUGCUGCAGGACCAACACGCGCUUCGCCUGCAUCAGUAGCCUUCUCGGAAUGCUCCAGGUCAUCUUUGGCAUUGCAUGCUUCUGGAUCGUCCUUUUCAUGUACGUCUAUUACUCGGAGGAAGAGGCCGAUGCAGAAUUGCACGGGCGUCGACCAUCAUUGUCGGGACCCGACCGUACAUUCCGGCGAGCAAAGCGGGCAUGGAGAGUCCUCAUCGCCGCAUGCAGCUUCGCAUUUGCCGUCCUCUUGGUGUCAGCCAUUAUCUUGCACCGCUUCCCCUGCUAUGCACAGGCGUGGGUUACAGUCUUUGCGUGCAUCUAA